CGUCUGGAGCAGUUUGUUUGUAAAUGAUGUUUGUUGUCUGACACGCGACGCGACGCGCGUCAUGUACGCGUACACGCCCACACGCACAGCACAGAUCCUGUGGCAUAAGGUUCGCUUUGUUCUCUUGACCUCUUCUCAUUCCUCUCGACUUUAACCACCACGACUAUUCACCAUGCCCUCUGUUGAUGCCCCUACUGCUAACAACUCUUCGAACCCCUCUCAGCUCGAAGCGAUCAUCUCGACAUUCACUUCGCUGACCGACCCACUUGCCAUCAACGACGCCCUCCUUGUCUUAAACCAUGCCCUACAAGGAACGAACUCUGCCGAGGUCACACAACGGAUUCUGGAAUCCAUUCCUUUGGCCCACUUUUUCCAGCUCUUACAAACAGAUCAUGGUGACGAAACCGAAUUCAUGAUCGACCGGACUUGCAACGUAUUAGAGUCGCUUCUUUCGCAGCAGCCAUACUCCACAAUUGUUCAGGAUCCACUCAUGUCCGGGGCGCUCCUACAAGCACUGAGCUCGCCUUCUCCUAAAGUGCAUAUCCUGGGAUUAUCUCAGGUUGAUAAGGUCGCCAAGGAGGAUCUUUCUGUUCUACGAUCGAUCCUGACAUCGGAUGUCUUUAAAGCAUCGGUGGAGGGCAUUGCCUCAGACAACAUCUCAAUUGCUGAACGAUCGAAACAGACGCUACUGAAGAUCUGCAAUGACCAGGAGCGGCUCGAGGAAGUUAUCAAGUCUGACGCAUCACUGUCUAUGAUUCGAGAUCUUGUCCAUUCCAGAAGUUCGCUCGUACAGCUACGGAUGAUUGAGGCAUUGACGGAAUUGGCGGGGCGGUCACACGAGUCAUUGGCUGUUCUGGAAGCCGCUGGUCUGCUGGACGCACUCAAGACUGGACUCAGUGCAACAGAUAUUUUGACCCGAUUCAAUAUCAUUGAGAUCCUAUCUGAGCUUGGUGCGACAACAGCAGGCAGCGAGUUCUUGGAUUCUUCAGGCAUCUUGACUCGGAUAGCGGCUGUGGUGCAAGAUGAAACCAAUGAGGAUCACCUGGGCAUGAAUGCGAUUGCCAAACUGUAUGGCAAACUGGGUGCGUCCGACAAGGUCGAUUUCGUAACUCUGGAUAUGAGGUAUCAGAUCCUAUCGCAGCUCGAACGGCUCAUGAUUGGCGAUGAUGACUUUGAACCCGAUGAGACCUUGAAGAUCGAAGCAAUGGCUUCUAUGGGACUAAUCGGCGGCAAUGUUCAGAAUGUAGAGUGGUUCUCUCAGAGCCAUUGCGCUGAAGCGUUUAUUGAUCGACUCAGCCUGCUACCCAGAGACUCCAAGGUGGCAUGGUAUCACUCCUUUGCCCAGAUCUUGGCUUGCAGCCCCGAUCCUUCUCCUGAGACUGAAAGGAUCGUUGCGGGAUUAUACGAUAAGAUGGAUGGACCAGGACAGAGUCCGUUCAUCUUGCGCCUACUCGUUUCCGCAAAGUCUCAAACAGUCGAGCUGUCGCUGGCCGCAUUGUCGGCGAUGAUAGUUCUGGCGCGCUACCCUUUUGCAGUACAGAAAAUGGGCUUGCAACGGGACUUCAUCACGUUUCUCUGGGAACGAAAUGCUGGGCUAUCACACUCUCAAAAGGUGGCCAAACACCAGGUGAUCGAGGCAAUGCUCAAGACCUUCCAUGAAGUGAAGAACACCUCCAACAUUGAACUUUUGACGAUGGAGCAGGCCACUCGUCUGGACUUGAUUCGUCGCCAGGGUCCUUUCUAUCAGCGUGCCACAGCAACUGUCGCCAUCCAGGACAUGGCCGCUUAGGCAUUCAGGCGAAACAAAAUAAGAGGACAAUAAAGAUACUCUUUUUUCAAAUAAAAA